AUGGCAAAUAUAUCAUCACGACGUAUCAUUUCUGGAGGCAAAAGACAUACAAGAUGUUGCCAUUCGUGUCACCGUAUUGUUUACGAUGAACCAUAUAUAUUUCGUGUGCGAAGUGAACGCUCACUAUUACAUUCAUUUCCAUGCGAUACUUGUCUAAAAGAAGCUAUACGACGACAACAACCGCCUACAACAAAUAUUCAAUAUCAAAAAAGAUGUUCUCGUUUACCAUUAAGACCUGUUGAUUUAGAAUAUUCAAGUCGACCGAGAACUGCUCCAUCGCAACGAACAUCAAGUAGUAUAAAUUGGAAUAAUUUUAUGAAGAAAAAAAGUAAAUAUGCCAUUAAAACACCAUAUGCUCUUUGUGAUUUAACAAAAGAUGAACAAGAAUCCGAAAUUCGUCCACCAUUCGUCAACUAUGGUGGACAUUAUCAUGAUAAACAAUCUGGACAAAAACGAACAUUUAAUUCAUUAGCUAUACAUCAAAUCAAACAUGACGAAGUUGAUGAACAACGUUUCAUAAGUUUAUUUCGAGAACGACGUCUUCGUCAAGAAGCUGAAAAUUAUUUUCGUCAAAGAGAACAACGAAAAUUUCGUAAUUAUCGACCAUCACAAGAUUAA